AUGGCUUCAAGUUCAUCAUCUUUCCCAAGUUCUUCUAUUUCUUCUACUAGCAAAUGGACGUAUGAUGUUUUCCUGAGUUUCAGUGGUGAGGACACUCGCAAUACUGCUACGGACUUUAUAUAUUAUGCAUUAGUAGAGAAGGGCAUUAACACUUUUAAGGACGAUCAAAAACUUGAGAAAGGAAAAACUAUUAAACCAGAACUCCUUAGAGCGAUCAAAGAAUCCAAAUUUGCCAUAGUCAUUCUCUCAGAAAAUUAUGCAUUUUCCACUUGGUGCUUAGAUGAACUUGUAGAGAUCAUUGACUGCGAGACAAAAAAGGAAAUAACAGUUUUCCCUAUUUUUUACAAUGUGGAUCCAUCUGAUGUGCGAAAACAAAUAGGAACUUUUUCACUUGUUAAACAUGAAAAACAUUUCAAGGAGAAGGUGGAAACAUGGAAAGCUGCUUUGAGUCAUGUGGCCGAUCUUGCCGGAUAUCAUGUAAAGAAUAGUCCUCUCUCUACAGCUAUCAAAAGCAUUGCGGGACUAAUAUCACGAAAAUUGUGUCGUGAAUUCUCAGAAGUUACUGAGGGCUUGAUUGGAAUAGAGUCUUCAUUGUUGGAAUUGGAGUCAUAUUUAGCUUUUUGGUUAAAGAAUGAAGUUCGCUUUAUAGGGAUUUGGGCGAUGGGGGGAAUGGGGAAGACAACCCUCGCCGAAGUUGCCUAUAAGAUGUAUUCUAAAGAAUUUGAAUUAGCUAGGAAGCGUGAUUGGUUUGGUCGGGGUAGUAGAAUUAUCAUAACAACAAGAGAUAAGCACUUGUUAGAGACACAUUUAAUAGAUCAAAUGUAUGAAGUUAAAGCAUUGAAAAAUGAAGAUGCUCUUCAUCUUUUUUGUUCAAAAGCUUUUAAAAACAAACUUGUCCCAGAUGAAUAUUUAAAACUGUCCAAAGGUUUUUUGAAUUAUGUUGCCGGUCAUCCUUUAGCUCUUAUAGUUUUGGGUUCAUUUUUGUAUAAAAGAAGUGCUGUUGAAUGGGAAAAUGAGUUUGAGAAGCUCAAAGAACAACCCAAGCUAGAUGUUAUCCGAGUACUAAAAAUAAGUUAUGAUGGACUUGAAAGGCAAGAUCAAGAAAUAUUCAAAGAUACUGCAUGCUUCCUUAAUCACGAGAAGGAAGAUUAUGUAGUACAAAUACUAAAAAAUCAUCUUGGCCACUAUCUUGGAUUAUCCAAUCUCAUUGACAAAUCUCUCUUGAAAAUUUCUGAAAAUAAUGAAUUGUGGAUGCAUGAUUUAGUAGAAAAUAUGGGUAGGGACAUAGUUCGUCAAGAGUCCCUUGAGCCUGGGGAGCGCAGUAGACUGUGGCUUUAUAAGGAUAUUGAUCAUGUGUUGAAAAACAAUACGGGAACAAAAAACGUUCAAGCCAUGGAUAUAAAGGGAGCCAAGGAUACAAGUAUUUAUCAUGAAGAAAAAGACGCAUGUUGGAGGCCACAAGGGUUAGCUCCAUCUGGUAUUGACUGCAUCUCUAUGACGGAGUUAUAUCUAAGGGGAAAUGAUUUCAUUUCCCUUCCUGAAAGCAUCUCCCAAUUCUCUAGGCUAACACAUCUUUACUUGGAUGGUUGCAAAGACCUCCAAUCAAUACCAAAUAUUCCAUCCAAAGUUGAAUUUAUAUGCCUAGACAAUUGUACCUCACUGGGGAGAUUGCCAGGAUCACCAAAUCAUUUCCACUGGUCAUCUUAUAGGAGUUUCACUGUCCAGUGUUUCAACUGCUUCGAAUUGGCUAACAAUAUUCAAAACUUAAGUAACACGUUUCAGGGACAAAGUAGUCAACAAGUUCCAAAAGGUUAUAUUAUUCCUGGAAGGGAAAUUCCGAAGUGGUUUGAAAAAGCAAACAUAUCUGAUACUUUAGUGGCCUCUCGUUGUUAUUCAUCUGUGGGACCCACUAUAAUAAAAAAAGUGAAGAUACAAUUGCCUGGGUCUGGGUCAGGGUCAGGGUGUGAUGAGUGGUGGGGAAUUGUUUUGUGCAUUGUUUUUAAACCCACCGAGGAGCGUAAUCAUGAUUACCAACUGGACUAUCUCUUUGAAGUGGAUGAAUGCCUAAUGACUUAUUACGCAUUUGGACUUGGAGACCCUACUUUUUUUAUUAAAAUUACGGCAGAAUAUGGAGGGGAAUGGUCUCGUACAUAUUAUACGUCAGAAUAUGUUAAAGUGGAAUCGCAUCAUCUUUGGCUACAUAGUCUGUCCAAGGAAUGUUUACUUCCAACAGAGAUUGAUAAUAAGCGAUUCCAUGAAGUUGAGCUUGAAAUAGAGACCGGGCGCAUGGAGGUGGAGAAAAUUGGGCUUCGUGUGGUAUAA